CCCAAUUCAAUCUCUGCAACUCAGAGCAGCACCCGAGCAAACCCUAAACCUAAUCCAUGUCGACUGUUCAUUCAAUCGACGCUCAUCGUGAGAACGCCGAAAUAUACCAUGGUGCAGAGCUCUGCAGUAGGAAAUCAAUCGAGCUUCUCGAGCGAGUGCACCUCCCCAACGGCCUUCUUCCACUCAACGAGCUCGAGGAAGUAGGCUACAAUCAAGAAACCGGCUUCGUCUGGCUCAAGCAGAAGAAGCGCGUCGAUCACACCUUCAAGAAAAUCGGGCGGCUCGUCUCCUACGCUCCGGAGAUCACCGCUUUUGUGGAGGAUCGCCGCAUGAAGAAGAUCACCGGAGUUAAGAGUAAGGAGAUUCUUAUUUGGAUCACUCUCUGUGAAAUGUAUAUUGACGAUCCUGCGUCUGGGAAGAUUUCGUUCAAGACUCCGGCGGGGCUUUCUCGAACCUUCCCUGUAUCUGCUUUUGAGCUAGAGGGGGAGGAGAAGGAGAAGAAGGAGCUGAAAAAUUGAGGGGUUGGUUUGCUGUCGCCGAUACUGUUUGAUUAUGAGUUAAAAGUGCUUUUAGUUUGCAUUGUGGUGUCGUUUAGUAUUUUUAUAUUAGAAUUACUGUGUGUUAGUAUUGGGAAAUGGGCGAAGAGGACUUUGCUGUUCUGUUGAAAUCUUCAUCUUUUUGGGGGUACGGUGAUUAGAAAAAAUAUUUAUGAAAUGAUUAUAAUAGUAUUUGAAUUGGAAUUA